AUGGAAAUUAAAUCUGAAGAAAAAGGAUAUUUUCAUCAUUUAUUAGCUGGAAAAACAAAUAUACAAGUAUUAGUUGAUCAAUGGAUUGAUUCCUAUCAAGCUAAUCGUGAUGAAGCAUUAAUUGAAUUAAUGCAAUUUUUUUUGGAUAGUACUGGUUGUAAAGGAAAAUUAACACAAACAAUGUAUUUAAAAAUGGAACAUGUUGAUAUGUUACGAGGUAUCACUGAACAUUUUGAUGAGGUAAAAUAUUUUGCUGUUUUUUUUUGCAUAAUCAAUUUACACUCAUAAGUUUCCUUAUGUCGAUAUUUGAUAUGAUUUUGAUCAUUCCUAGUACUGUACAAUAGAUUUUGCAGAGUUUAUAAACAUUAAAUCAAAUUAUUCAAGUUACUUGACAAAAAAAAAUGAUAUGAAUAUAUGUUAACUGUAUUAUGAUAAAAAGUCGUACUUUCAUAUUAAUUCAAGUCAUGAUUGUUUAUAUGUGCCCACAUACUUUAUUUAUUUUAAUUCAAUACUUGAUGAAUUAUUUAUAAUUGUUUGAAAAAUCAAAUUAAUUAAAAUCGACAUUAUUAUCUAAAUAUUAAUAUUUAAACAUAUGUAUCAAUACCAGCCAGAUGUCAGCGAGUGCUUUGAACUGCUGGAAAUUAAUGUAUUGUUAUCAGAUAAAGAUUUUU